AUGAAGAUCGCACGCUUUAUUUUUCACCCAAAGGAUGACGAUCGCGUUCUCGAUCCCGAGACCGAAGACGAUCCCGCAGCCGAUCUCGAGGACGACGAUCUCGUUCCCGAUCCCGCUCCGGAGGACGUCGACGACGAUCUCCUUCAUAUAACCGGUACCGAAGCCGAUCGAGAGAUCGAAGGAAUAAAAGUCGAUCACCUAAUCGAUCUCGAUCUCCACGACGCUCGCGAACUCCUGACAAGCGAAGAGAACGCAGCGCGUCUGGCAACAAAUCUCCAGCAAAAUCGCGCUCUGCCUCUCGCGACCGAAGCCGCAGCAAGAGCCGCGAUCGAUCCGCCUCCCGAGACCGCUCCCGAUCCCGAAGCAAGUCGCGAUCCCGAUCUCGAAGUGGCUCCCGAUAGAAGAAUUUUUCAUCUUUCCUAA